UAUUCAGGUCACAUGACGAUGGCAGCAGGAGCAGCACCAGCAUCCCCGCUCUACUGAAAUAGCCACUGGAGAAGGAAGGGAAGGAGAGAGGGGGGAGAAGAGGACACAGGGAAGAAAGACAAAGGUAAAAUCAAGUGGAGCCUUGUAGCCCACCGUGCUGCUUCAUCAGCAUCAGGCUAGAAAAGUGGGGGGAGACCCACCCCCCUAGGAGAGGAUUCAGAGACAAAGGAAGCUUCAUGUUCAAAGGAYCAGUGGAGAGCAAAAAGGAGGCAGCCAUGUCUGAGCUGGUCCCAGAGCCGCGACAAAAGCCAGUCGUGCCAAUGAAACCCACAGGCAUCAACGCCAGCUUGCUGGGCUACAUCGGUAUUGACACCAUCAUCGAGCAGAUGCGCAAGAAAACCAUGAAGACGGGUUUCGACUUCAACAUCAUGGUUGUAGGUCAGAGCGGACUGGGAAAGUCAACUUUGGUAAACACCCUCUUCAAAUCCCAGGUGAGCCGCAAAUCUUCAGGCUGGAACCGGGAGGAGAAGAUCCCCAAGACAGUGGAGAUCAAAGCCAUUGGGCAUGUCAUUGAGGAAGGUGGUGUCAAAAUGAAGCUGACAGUGAUUGACACACCAGGAUUUGGAGACCAGAUCAACAAUGAGAACUGCUGGGAGCCUAUUGAAAAAUACAUCAAUGAGCAAUAUGAAAAAUUUUUGAAAGAGGAGGUGAAUAUUGCAAGGAAGAAACGAAUUCCAGACACACGUGUGCACUGCUGCCUCUACUUCAUCUCCCCUACAGGCCACUCCUUGCGGCCUUUGGACCUGGAGUUCAUGAAACAUCUCAGCAAGGUAGUGAACAUCAUCCCAGUUAUUGCUAAGGCUGACACCAUGACCUUGGAGGAGAAGACUGAAUUCAAACAAAGAGUGCGCAAGGAACUAGAAGUAAAUGGGAUCGAGUUUUAUCCCCAGAAAGAAUUUGAUGAGGACUUGGAGGAUAAAACAGAGAACGACAAAAUCAGGCAGGAAAGCAUGCCCUUUGCAGUAGUGGGCAGUGACAAGGAGUACCAAGUGAAUGGCAAAAGAGUCCUGGGCAGGAAAACACCUUGGGGGAUCAUUGAAGUGGAAAACCUCAAUCACUGUGAAUUUGCCCUACUUCGAGAUUUUGUCAUMAGGACCCACCUUCAGGACCUAAAGGAAGUGACCCACAACAUCCACUAUGAGACCUACAGGGCCAAACGGCUGAAUGACAAUGGAGGGCUGCCCCCCAUGACUGUCGAGACAGAGGAAAACCAUGAAAGCAACCUGUGAAAGAUCCUCCCCCUCCACGGUCACCUGGUGACUCUGGAUAGACAACCCACCCCUGCUACCCUUGACUCUGCCAUGGGCCUGUCUCUGAAGCAUGUGGCACAUCCU